UCCUGAUUCAACUUAAACAUCUGACAGAGGCAAACUCACAUCGGUCUCGUCUGUUUUUCGUGAAAUUGACUCCACAGAAAAACUUCAAAAUGCCGAUGAUGUGUGGAGGGCUAGGAAAGCCACAGCCAGCCGAUCAAGAGAUCCAGAAGCUUGUUGAGAGCCUAAAGGGAGCUGCGGAGGAAAAAGCUGGGAAGACAUUUGUUGUUUUCGUAGCGAAGACCUACACGACACAGAUCGUGGCUGGGACCAACUACUUCAUCAAGGUCCACGUGGGAGGAGAGGAUCAUAUUCAUCUUCGUGCUCAUAAACCACUUCCACAUUGUGAAGAAGAAACUUCACUGCACAGUAUUCAGCAAUCCAAGAGCCAUGAUGAUCCUAUAGAGUACUUUUAAAGGGAAAAGCAGCUGCACCUAUAAACAGUAGUCUUGUUCUAGUCAGUCAUGACAAAUAAUCAUGCUCCAUAUGUGAAACAUUGCUCCAUACUAUUUAGAUACUGUACAUCAUUUUCAAAGAUGUUAAAAUGGAACUGUUUUGUAUGAAAUGAAUGAAUAAAUGAUUCACAGUU